AUGAGACACUGCGUAAAGCUUUACAAAAUAUACGCGAAGGAAAGGAAAGCAUUUGAUAUGCUUGUAGAAAACAUGCAAUACCGAGGUCAAAUCGAAAAUAUAGUAAAGAAAUCAAACCUUAAAAACCCCUUUAAAGAUGGCAUACCGGGACAAAAGUGGCUAAAAUCGUUUUUAAAGAGGCAUCCAGAAAUUUCAUUAAGAGUUCCUGAAAAUUUCAGCAAAGAUAGAGUUUUAGUGACUGAAGCUACAAUAAGGAAUUGGUUUCAAAAUCUUCGUAAAUAUUUAACCAAGAUUAAUGCUUCUGACGUUCUAAAUGAUGGUAACAGAAUUUUUAACGGUGAUGAGUCUGGGUUUUCAUUAUGCUCUCAAACUGGGAAGUUUUGGCUCCAAGGGGAUAUAAAAAUGUUUAUGAAGUAA